CGUACCUCUCGUUAUGGAGAAUAUGUCCCCUCUAGCAGUUCUUCAGCUACCGUAUGCUUGUCGCCUGUUUUCUUCCGCAUGUUGUCCUGAUAAAGAUCUCGUUGUCCUUCUUGCUCGCAUUGGAGGAACACAUACAAUGAGCUUAUGGAAGAUGCAAGGAACUAAAAAAUGGGAGAUAGAAGUUAUCAAAGACAAAGGCAGUAGUGAGUCAAUCAUGGGACUCACAUGGAGUCCUGAUGGUCAGACCAUUGCUGUUGCUCACCAUCCGCCGCGUCUCACGCUGCAUUCUCUUCACGAUGGUGGCCUACAGCAGAUCCUGUCUCUUCCAUCAGUUUCAGACUUACCAGACAUCUCUACUCAUAUCACCGGCAUCUGGUGGUUCCGUGACCAGCAUGAAUAUAGCUCAAGCUCCAUUCCUGAUAUUUUACGGAGAUAUGAUAUCAUCACAGGAUCUCAUUUCUCAGUUUCGCGAUUUCUAUCUCUACUGGACAAUACUCGAGGAAAUGGUACACAGCUGAUCGUGGAUGAUUUCUUGGCUUUUUGUGACUUUCAAAUAUCUCACGAACCACACUGUUCGCCUUGCGACACCUUCAACGCAUGGCCAGCCCUUUUCCAACGUCUUUCGCAGACAACGAUGGACCAGAUAGACCAAUUACACGACGGGAUUCACUCUAAUACGCUUUUAAUUGCAGACAGUGCAGGCUACAUACACGUGUUUUUUGGUGGGAGCUACUCCCUCGGAAGUGUUUAUUUAGGUCCAGGCCUGUCGGUAUCACAGUUGCUCAAACACGCUAGGUUUCCGUUUACGUUCGUCUACCUUCUACUUCCGUCAAACAAUCAUUAUCAACGAAAAUCCGACCAGUGGCCAUCGAAUUACCAGUCCACGCCACUGGCAAAAUAUAUGAAUUCGCCAAGCUGUCGUCAGCAAUGCGUGGGUUAACGUGGUACACUACACGAGCGGUGCAGGACAUGCAGACAUUCUGGUUUGGCACUCAAACAGCGAGAGGCGCACGUGAAAUAGGAGGAAGUUGGGUCCGUUCUCUUGAAAUCCAUUUCAAACACUCAUUUGGAGAAUGUCACAGUGUUAUUCCUGAAUUGACAUGUCUUCUUUUAACGGGCAACAGUUCGGAUGACUUAGGAGCUUUCUUGGCAAGCGCCGAGCAGCUCGGUGAAAGGGGAAUUCAGAAGUGGGAAUCAAGCGUGGCUGACUCCCUAAUGAAAAUACAUGAAUAUUCGGUCAAAAUUAUUAUGCCUGCUCUCCAGCGUGCAUACAUUCUGUUGGAGGAUGUUAGAGGAUAUUCGCAACUACCUCAAUAUGCUAUUUUUGAUUUGGAUACUGAUGAGGUUAGCGGUUGUCUGAAUCUAAUCAAGCAGAUCGUUUUGCUCGUGAAGUGGUUGGCUGCUAUUGCGCAUCGAGAACUUUAUCAGUUCAAGCAAUUCUUAUCAUUUCUACGUUACGAGGCUUCCGUCAACAUCCCCUCUCAUCAUCCACGUGUCCCAGACUUUGACACAGUUGAGGUUAACAAUUACUUAAUGUCCGCCUUAUCACACAGUGAGCUCGAUGAGUGGUUUACGGGCCCACUUUCCAACUCCAUUUUACAAGACUUUGGAGAUGUUUCUCGAUUGAGUUCUUCACUUGUUAAAACACAACGCGUUCUCCAAGGCACUGUCAGCAUUUCAAAACAGGGGACAAGGCGACUGCCGCUUGACAGAAAUCUUAAUCACUUGCUCCACGGAUUGGUAGUCCAGUCGCAAAGGAUAUUUAGCCGAGCAUCCACUGCUAUCGGUCGAUCAGCUAUUGUGUCGCAAGCUAAGCCGAAGGGCCAACAGGAAGAGAGGCACGCUACUUCUACUACUGAUUCCACUCUCAUUCGCCAGUAUGUGGCUGAGCAUGACCAUGGCACCAUGUCAGGGAACUUCUCUCAGUAUCUCGCUAUUCACGUUGUUUUGGACGUUGAUUCUUUCUUGUGUCUGAUCAGAAUGCCAUACGUUAAAGAUAACAACGACACUCCUAUUUUUGUGGAGGUUGCUCUCCUAAACUGCUAUACAAUCGAAGGUAGUUGUCAGUUGCACUCAAAUUUUAACUUGUUGGAUGUCGAAUUUUUCGAUGAUGAAUGCCUUGUUCUCGCUUAUCAGACCCGGGAAAGUCGAGGUUCAACAUUUGUCGGUAUGGUUCAAUACCAUAAUUUAGGAUUUAGAGCUCUAGAGUUUAUCACGGUUGCAAAUACAACUUCUCGAAACGAUUUAGUAACACAUGUGCUGCAAAGGUGGCGCGAGGGCAAUCUUUCGUCUUUACCCAUGCCAAUCAGAAGUCACCGUCAGUUAGUAUCUCGUGGACCAGUUUCUUUGGCCGUAAACGGGAGGCUUGGAAGAAGAGUAGUGUGUGUCCUGGAUGGCAAAGGACUAAUUAUGGAAGUAUUUGACAUGGAGGAGGAAAAUCAUCAGUGACCAAUAGUGCUGAUUAACCACAAUGUGGCUACCUACAACUUUGUGCAUCUUUGCAACCCUUUGAAAUUCAAUACAAGACAAUUGUGCACAACUAAGAACUUCGCUUACAUGCAGCA